UAUACUAGCUCGUAAAAACGAUAUUGGAUAUUGGACAAUAUCUUAGUUUUAAUGCGCUAACUUAUGUCUAUUUGAUGCACAUCGUUUUCUUAAAUAUUUGAUGAGAUACAGUGUGUAAAGAUGAACCAGAAGCGUAAAGAUCUGAUUCGUGGAUUAUCUGUUGUUGCUGGGGCGUUCAUGGUCCAUUUUAGUUUGGGACACUUCUACACUAUAUCAAAUAUGGCUACAUAUAUUAUAUCAUACAUAUAUGCGAGGGUCGAUAGCAGUAUUACAGAUCGUGAAGCUGUGUGGUUGUCUGCACUUGGCCUUGGAUGUCAGGGUAUUGGUAUGCCCAUUGGUGGCCUCCUAGCAGUGAAAUUCGGACCUACAGCAGUUAUGAUUUUAACUUUGCUUACCGGCAGUGGGAGCAUUCUACUGACAUACGUCACCAUACAGAAAACAUUUAUCGGAGUAGUUUUUACAGUUGGAAUUAUAUUUGGGCUGGCAAUGGGAAUCGGUUACUCAGUUGCGAUUGCUUGCGCUGUAUCUUGGUUUCCAGAUAGAAGAGGAUUAGUCGUUGGAAUAAUUGUUGGUGGAUUUGGUUUGGGAUCUUUAGUAUUUACCCCAAUUCAAACUGCGUACAUUAACCCCCACAACAUAAAUGUAAAUCAGACAACACGGCGUUUUUCUGAUGACGAACUUCUGGACAGAAUUCCAUAUGCCUUCUUGGUGUUGGGUUCAAUAUUAGCAGCGUUGCAGUUAUCAGGGUGUAUCCUCAUUCGUAUGAAGCCAAAGCCAAAGGAAGAAGAAGAACAUGAAGGAGAACAGGAUGUAUCUGCAGAUCCUAAAACAAAGAAGCUGGUUCCUGAUAGUCAACAGGCUCGCCCUGUAGAAGUAGACGUAUCAACGAAAAAGAUGUUCUGUCAUAUUGACUAUUAUCUUUUAUUUACAAUGAUGUUCUUGAAUUGUUUUCCAACGUCAGUUCUUACGAGCUCCUUGAAAAUAUUUGGGCAAACCCAUAUUACGGAUGACAGAUUUUUGUCGACUAUUGCUGCAAUCACUUCCCUCUUCAAUUGUGGUGGUCGUGUUGCUUGGGGUGCAAUCGUAGAUCGUUUUUCAUUCAAGAUACCUAUUUGCAUUCAACUGUGUAUAUGGGGAGUGUUCUUGUUCACUUUUCCACUCAUGUCAUACACCUCUGGAGUCCUGCUAAAAGUAAUGUUCAGCAUUUGGGCAUGUUCCUUAUUCUUCUUUUUGUCCGGUGUGUUUUCCAUGAUGCCCGCUGCAACGGGAGCUAUAUUUGGUCCAGCACAUUUAGCUGUCAACUAUGGAAUGGUUUAUCUUGGUUUUGCAUUUGGAUCGAUACUUUCUCUGUUGGUAACAUUGUUCUGGAAGUCAACUCCUGAAGUUUUCUUCAGCGUAUCUGGUUGUGUGUGUUUACUUACUCUUUCUUUAGCGAUCUGGCUGGAUGACAAGAAGAUACCCAAACGUUUAUCUUUUAUGAAAUGGUUUUCCAAUCAAUGCCUGGGCUACCGUGUUAAUCCAUUUUCAAUAGAGGCUGUAGAUCCAGAAGUGUAAGAUACAACGCUGUCUAUCAAAUUAUCACUUGCUUAUUUGACUGUACAAUGUGUACAUACGUCUCGAUAUUUUACAGUAGCUAUUUUCUGUUUUAGUAAAGUAGUAUUUUUUAAAUAUAUUUAGCUACUUAUUCACCCCCGAAAUCCAGUCAAUGGAGAUUUCGUACAUUUUGUGCUGCUUACUUUUCCUAACAUUAAUCAUAUCUAAUUUUUACAACCUUUUUAAACACUUAUUAACUCAAUUAUGCUAUUGAAAAAUCAAACCAACUGACAAUAUCAAUUUUUGUUUUAUAUUUAUACAACUUUCCCUUUAAUUAUGUUUUGCUGUGAAAUAUUAGUAUUACGCUAAAGGGAAAGAUUUUAGAAAAUUUAUAUUUUCUAGUUUUUUUCUACUUUUGCCGAUAUCUUUUUACUUUCGACUACGAAAGGAAUUUUAACUUUCAAACUUAUAUAUAUAUAUACAUCAUGAUGUUGCUAAACUAAAAUUUAAAAUUACCACCCACUCGUUUCUUUCUUUUGAAUACACAAUAUAUAUAUAUAAACCUUUAAUUUACUGAAAGAUUUUAGAUGAAGCAUAUUUUAUACUUCGAAAAUUACUCUCCUGUCUGAAUAUUAUUCAGACAACUUUUGUAACUGAAUAAAUAUCACACUUGUAACGGAAGUGACUUUCAUGUGCAGCUUACUGAUGAGUCUUUCUUACAAAAAUUGGUAUAUUGUCUGCAAAAUUAUUCCGUUAUUUUGAAAUUCUUAGAGCUACGGGAUUUUAAUGAAUCUGGUUUAAUAAACACAAACAUGUGUGAACUUUUUGAUUUUAAUUUUAGUAAAUAAAAUAUUUGUAUUUCACU